AUGUGGCCGGAGUACUGUUUAAAAGCAAAAUGUGACAUGGUAUAUUUGCAUAAAUGCCCGGAAGAUUCACGAUUAAUAAUACCACCAUUGCCACCUGGAGAAUGUUGCGCACCGCCCGCAGAAUGUCAUUGUGAUAUACAGAAAUGUUAUCCAUUAAUACCUGUAUGUGAAAAAGGUCUUGAACGAGUUCUUAUUAAGAAAGGUAUCAAUGAACCAGGUCAUUGUUGUGAUAUCUUUGAAUGCAAACAACCAGAAUUACGAUGCGAAAAUGUACAUUGUGAUCAUCAUUAUUUGGAUUAUAACGUAGAAGAAUGUCCUGAUGAUAGUAUUCGAGCUGCAAGCUAUGUACCAGCUGGAACUUGCUGUCCAAUUAAUCCUGAAUGUCGAUGUCGUGCAUCAAUUUGCAUACCUGCAUCAUGUCCCGAAGGUCAAAAGGUGAAGAUUUUGCAAAAAGGUGAUGGAACACCUGGAAGAUGUUGUGAUCGAUUUAUCUGUGAAGAUGGUGAAGAUAGGAUAAGCGCAGAUGGUAAACGAUGUCCAUAUAAUGGUGAAAUAUAUGAUGACGGUGAACAAUGGCAUACAAGUAGUUGUGAGCAGUGCAAAUGUAAAGGUGGCAUUGCAUUAUGCAGUAAAAUGACCUGUGCCAGUCCUCCAUCACAUUGUACUUGGGUAGCUAUACCGGAAAAUGAAUGUUGCCCAGUAUGCCUUGGCUGUCAAGCAGAUGGUGAAAAGCAUCAGCUUAAUGAAACAUGGCAAAAAGAUGAUUGUACAAGUUGCUCUUGUGGUCCAGAUGGUAUACAUUAUUGUCAAAAACAUAUGUGCCAAGUAGAAUGUGAUAAUCCAAGAAAAAUUCCUGGCCAAUGUUGUCCGAUUUGUGAUGAACCAAUAGUAAUAGUAAAUCCAUCAAUUUGUCCAUCAUUGGAGCAUUGUCCGUUACGGUGUGAAAAUGGCCUAUUACGUGAUUCAAAUGGUUGCUUCCAGUGCAAAUGUGCACCUGUACAAAAUGUUAUCAGUAAUAAUUGUCGAGAACUCAAUGAUGUUAAUUGUGAUAAAAUUUGUGCUCAUGGCUAUUUGCGAGAUGAGAAAAAUUGCGCAGCAUGCAAAUGCGCUAAAUGUCCACCACUUCAUCAAUGUUACAAACAUUGCUUAUAUGGCUUUGAAAGUAAUAAUAAUGGCUGUCCGGUAUGUAAAUGUCGUGCAAUGAGCCGAAUUGAUGCAAAAUUAUUAUCAGUGAAAAAAGAGCACGAUGGUUGGGAUAAAUGUUAUUCAUUUAGUACACAAACGGGUAAAUUAUAUGGUCGUGAUAGUGGUGAAUGGUGGAAUGAUGGCUGUCGGCAUUGUUUUUGUGAGCAAAAACAUGAAUUUUGCUCACUAAUUUCAUGUCCACAACGAAAUCUCUCAUGUCCUAUUGAACAUUGGAAAAAAAGGGAAGAUGCUUGUUGCGCUAGCUGUGAUUUGAAACCAUCAAUGGAACUAUCAAAGCAUGAGCAUACAGUAUGUCAAAGUGCUGGACGUUUAUUUGUUGACGGAGAAACGUGGCAAUUAGCUCCUUGUACAUCAUGUACAUGUCGUGUAGGUAAUGUAUUAUGUCGCGUAGUGGAAUGUCCACCAAUUGCUUGUCCGAUACCUAUUUUUGAUGAACGAAAUCAAUGUUGUCCAAAAUGUCCAGAAGAAACGAAAUCAUCGAUAGGCCAAGAAGUAGCAUUAUCGAAUACUGGUAAUGUGGUAUGCACGGAUAACAAUUAUGUUGUACAUGUUGCCGGAUCAAGUUGGAGGACAGAUGAAUGCACCUCAUGCAAAUGUGUUGCAACUGAUGAUGAAGCAAAAAUUGAAUGCUUUGAAGAAAAAUGUCGACAGUUGACAAAUUGUCGAGGAAUGCCAUUAACAAUUAAGGGAAGAUGUUGUCCUGUUUGUUCAGAUGUUCUAUCAUCGGGUGCAAUAUGCAGUUAUGGUGAUAAUGUAUAUAGCGUUAAUGAGGAAUGGCGUGAUGGUCCAUGUCGCAAUUGUACCUGUCAACCAGGUAGUGGAACGAUAUGUAAAGAGCAACAAUGUGCAAAAUGUAAUGAUUCCAUACAAAUACCUGGACAUUGCUGUCCAAUAUGCAAAGAUGUAGAAUGGCGAUCAUUUGGCGAAGGCCAAUUUCAAACGGUAUUACUGGAUGGCAACGAUUCAUCAUCACCAUCUUUAUCAUCAAAUUUACGAAUGAAUACGAUGCUUUAUGGAAUUUGUUUAACAGGAUUUAUUCUCAUCGCUGUUAUCGUCUUCAUUCUCAUUUAUAAAUUAGUCAAACAAAGUAAAAAUAAUGAAGAAAAGAAAUUGCCAAUUCAUUACGAUAGCUCGACUGUGUUACUGUCAGCUACAAAAGCAAUUGGAUCAACACCACGACUAUACGAAGAUGUAUCAACUCGAAGGAAUAGUUGUGGUGAUGGGCAAAGUGAAUUACUUAUUUCAUCGAAUUCUGAAACAAGCUCCGCAACAUCAUCCAAUGGUAGCUCAGGAUAUGGACCGCAUUAUGAUACUUUACCAUUAAAUCCAGUGAAGAAAAGUGUUGGUCGAACAAAAUCAAUGGAUUACGGUAUUCGACGCGGUUUUGGUUCCUUUAAAAAUAAUGCAUUUGGUAAAUUGGGCAAUAAACAUGGCUCUUGUAAUGUAUAA